GAAGAUUCCCAUUAUCAGAUAUCGGUAUGCUUCCGCGAGUAACAAAUCAACCUAUUUGCCAUACUUGAGGAACUUAAUCUGUAGAUAACACGAAGCCACGCUUAAACCACGUAUAUAAAGACCUGAAAGUAUCCACUUCAGCUGUUACGAACGUUUUAAAAAGAUGAGAAUAAUUGGCACAAUAGUUUUGGGACUGGUGGCCUUCGCUUCCUCGACACUUGUCGAAGAUCCACCGGUAGACAGUUGGACACUCGUUCCGGAUGCUGAUGGUCGUCUGCAUCUGGUCAACGUCAAUCCCUACAACCUGCCCAACCCAGAACAAGAACCAGAGAAGCGUUUUACGGCAGCUACCGAUACGGUGUUCCGUUUGUAUACUCGAUCGAACCCAACGACGCCGCAGGUUAUCGGAUUAAACAAUGCUGCCUCGUUGACCAACUCCAACUUCAAUGCAGCUAACCCGACCCGGUUCAUCAUCCACGGUUGGAACAAUGAUGGCUUCUCGCCGGUGAACCAGAUUCUGACCAAUGCCUGGCUGACCCGUGGGGACUUCAACGUGAUCACCGUGGACUGGGGAGUUGGCGCCAUCACCAUCAACUAUCCGUUUGCUCGUGCUCGGGUUCAUUCCGUUGGAUCGGUAGUGUCCACAUUCAUCAACUUCCUGCGUUCCAAUACCGGAAUAGCUGCUGGAAGUAUCAGUAUUGCAGGUCACAGCUUGGGGGCUCACGCUGCCGGAAAUGCUGGCCUGUUCCAAUCUGGCCAGCUGAACACCAUCUUCGGAAUGGACCCAGCACUACCGCUGUUCUCCUACGACAGUUCGGAUCGUAUUCACGACAGCGAUGCGCAGUACGUGGAAACCAUCCACACCAACGCCGGUUUGCUGGGCUUUGAUCUGCCCUUGGGCAGCGCCUCGUUCUACCCCAAUGGGGGACGUGUUCAACCAGGUUGCGGAAUUGAUAUCGCCGGAGCUUGCGCCCAUAGUCGUGCCUUCGAGUUUUUGGCCGAGUCUAUCGUGACCGGAGGAUUUUCGUCCAUUCCGUGUCAGUCGUUCCAGCAGAUUCUGGAGAAUAACUGUGUCAUUGCCGGACCAAGCCGUCCCAUGGGCGGAGAACCGUCCAACGUCAACACGGGAACUCAGGGAGUCUUCACACUGACUACCCGUGGCUCCAGUCCGUUCUCGAUGGGUUAAGUGGCGCCCCAAAUAGUAGCGCGAUGACCAGUCUCUCCAUGAUCCGAUAUCAGUAUUUUAUUUUAUUCUAACGUGAAUAAUAUAUUUGGUGUUCUGUGAUAA